AAUGGCUCCCUUGUAAACAACAGCCGGAGCUGCCACAACAUGGAGUAUGCUGUGCCCAAGUAUCCAGGUGUUGGGGAAAGUGGCCUGGAGCAGUUCCCAGGUGCCUUGGCCCAUGGCCAGGACUACAGUUUUUUGCAGAACAUUCCUGUGGACGGUGGCAGCCAGUUUGGUGUCUCUGCAUUGGCAUUUGAUACCCAGGAGGAGCUACUUUGGAUGGGAAACCAAGGGGGCCACGUGACAUCCUACUAUACCUGGGAGCUGCAGAAGUACACGUCCUUUCAAGUGCAUGCUACCAACGAGGUGCGGCAGUUGCUGACCAUUGAUGCAGGUGUCCUGUCUCUCACUUGCAACACUCUUCGUCUCAACAACCGCAGAGGACUGAUUGCAUUCCACCAUAGUUCUGAAGAAUUGGAGGACAUGCACUGCAUGACCUUGUCGCCAUCUGGUUCAUUACUGAUGGGCGGUAAUCAGACAAGCCUCAUUGAACUGGAUCUUGCAACGGGCGAGCAGACCACAGUUGCCGACGUGGGGGAGAAUGGCUGUGCUGUCAUACGGAGGCACCCACGCUUCAUCUGCUGUGCCGACUUCACGGGCAAGGUCACACUGCGGGACUCGUCAACUUUUAAGGUGGAGUACACGUUAGAAUCACUUUCAGAAACUGGUGUGCUGUCUGACUUUGAUGUGCUCGGCAACAUGGUUGUCACGUGUGGCUUUACCAACAGACAUGGUGCACUUACAGUGGAUCCAUUCAUAAAAGUAUAUGACCUGCGCGUCAUGCGAGCUGUGGCACCAAUCCAGAUGCUGUUCCCGCCAUCCCUGCUACGUUUUGUUCCAGCCUUCACUUCUCGGCUUUUCGUUGUGUCUCAGACAGGUCAGUUCCAGCUCGUGGACACCAGCACCUUGACCCAGCCCUCGUACAUCUACCAGCUAGAAACUGGGGGCGCGGCUGUGCAUACCUUUGACACUUCCUCAUCCUGUCAGGCUUUGGCUUUUGGUGACGUGGCUGGCUACCUCCACCUUUAUGGGGUCAGCACUCACGUCAACUUUAAUAACUUCAGUCAGCCAACUGAAUUUGCUGACCCGGAAGAGCCACUUCACCCUAUUGAUAUCAAUGACGAGAUAGCUCCCCUGUCCACCAUCCCCAUGCCCUACUGCAGUGGCAAGCUGCUUUCUGACCUGCCCAAGGAGUUCAUUAAGUAUGUCUACAGGAGGCCAGUUCCAAUUGAUCCUGUCAUCUUGAACACCAUGAAGAUGGUAGGGUCCAUUGGGUAUGCUCCAAACCCAGGUCUCUGGAAACGCAAUGAGGUGCGCUACCCACAUGAAACACACCACCGCAGGACCAAGGACACCCGCGAGGAGACUGACAUGAUUCCUCAGUGGUAUAAGAAGAUUGAUGUGAAGUACUCCAAAAUGGGCAUUGAGGACUUCGACUUUAACCUCUACAACCGCACCUGCUUUGCAGGCCUUGAGACAAAUCUGCCUAAUGCAUACUGCAAUAACAUGAUCCAGGUUCUGUACUUUACGGAGCCCUUGCGUUGUGCCAUCAUGAACCACAGCUGCCAGCGAGAGUUCUGCCUCGCGUGUGAGCUGGGCUUCCUCUUCCACAUGUUGGACACUGCCCAGGGCAUACCAUGCCAGGCGAGCAAUUUUCUUCGUGCGUUUCGGACUAUCCCGGAAGCGUCUGCCUUAGGCCUCUUACUUUCCGAUUCGGAUGAUGCUCGCAAGAAGGUUAACUUCCCACGACUUGUGCAGAGCUGGACGCGAUUUGUGCUUCAACAGAUACAUUCGGAAACACCAGAAUUUCAAGACGACGAUGUACAGAAAACAGAGAAAGCUAGCGAGAUGGACAGCCAGGUGAGCAAGCUGUUUGGUUGGACGCUGCUCAACUCGAACCAGUGCCGGUGCGGCAACAUCAGGGAGAAAGAGUCGACUACACUGCUCUGCUCCCUCGUCUACCCCGACCCUCUGCCACCCGUUCCCGAACGAGUGACACCUCAUUAUCCUUUCACCGAGAUACUCAAGCGAAGCCUCUGCCUCGAAAGCACCAUGCCAGCCUGGUGCGACAGGUGCGAGAAAUACCAGCCCACGCUACAAAGCAAAAGGCUGAAGUCGUUACCAGAAAUACUGACCGUCAGCUCAGGCUUGGAAAAUCAGCAGGACCUAAACUUUUGGCAAACCCAAAUUGAGUUGUUUGGCAACAAAGACAGCAAGGCAAUGUCCUUCUGUUCAUCAGCUCCUGUGCCUAAGCGGUGUCGAUAUGGGAACUGCUGCACACGGGCCGGCUGCAAGUUCUUCCAUGAAAAAGACAAAGGAAAGAGGUAUGUGGCUUCUAAAGUGGAGGUGGACACAAGUGUUCAAAGUGCUUGUUCCUGGCUUCCUUUGUCUAUACUUGUCACGUUGAAUAAGGAUGGAACGGUGGACAUUUGCCGUGCUGACUGCAAGACCGAAGCCUCCACAUCUGAAGACACAGGCUUGAGCUCUGGAAAAGAUGACAGCGCUGUUGGGAAACACAAAGAGACCAGCUCAGAGAAAGAGCAGAUCGAAGACGAGAAGGAAGAGGGAGACGACUUGGAGAUGAAGGAAGGAGAAGGAGAAGUCAAGAAGGAGAGCGAAGAGGAAGAAAGCAGUGCAGUCUUGUAUGAGCUGACGUCAGUGGUGUCCGUGGUGAACAACAGCCGCACCAACAUCGUGAGCUGCAUUCGGGUGGGGCCCUCGUACCACAUUCACCACCAGGGGGGACCGGCCACUCAGUGGUACCUUUUCAACGACUUCACCAUCGUGCCCAUAUCUCCCGAAGAAGCGGUGUGGCUUCCUUUGGACUGGAAGCUACCCUGUGUCCUGCACUACACACUUGCCGACAUUUCGAACAAGCAGCCAGCAACAGUGAAGGCCCCUCUGUCAGCAGACGUGUUCCAGCAAGACAUUUCUUUAGCAGCAAAUGGUGGACGGCGUCAUGUCACUUUCACUCCGCUUUCACCGAGUGAGAUUCUGAAACAAGGAGACAUUGUUGCCAUGGAUGCAGAGUUUGUCACACUCAACCAGGAAGAGGCAGAGAUACGGAGUGAUGGCACACGAUCUACCAUUCGUCCUUCCCACAUGUCCGUUGCCAGGAUCUCCUGCCUUCGAGGGCAAGGGCCUCUUGAAGGGAUUCCAUUUAUUGAUGACUACAUUGCAACACAAGAACAGGUGGUGGACUACUUGACCCAGUUUUCGGGAAUCCAGCCCGGUGACCUGGAUGUGACCAUUUCAUCCAAACAUCUGACCACACUUAAGGCUACUUACCGCAAGCUGCGCUACCUCGUGGAUGAAGGAGUAAUCUUUGUUGGCCAUGGUCUCAAGAAUGACUUUAGAGUCAUCAACCUUGUUGUACCUGCUGACCAAGUGAUUGACACCGUGCUUCUCUUUCAACUUCCUAACAAGAGAAUGGUAUCUCUGCGUUUCCUUGCUUGGCACUUUCUUGGGCUGAAGAUCCAGUCCAAGAUGCACGACUCCAUCGAGGAUGCCAAAACAGCGCUGCGACUGUACCGCAAGUACCAGCAGCUCGAGAGGGAAGGGCGGGUCACUGAGUCCCUGAAGGAGAUGUACGAGGCUGGCCGCAAGUCCUCGUGGAAGGUUCCCGGCGCCGAUGAGGAAUGACAGUGUGACCACCUUUGGGCUGAAGUUGAGGGUUGCUGGCCUAGCUUCGAGUCCCAGUGAUGGCCAUCAGAGGCAGAGGGUACAACACCCCAGUCGCCAGUUGCACUGCCUUAAAGAGCUGCCCAGAAAUGCUCAAGGUAAUGUGGCAGGUAUGGCACGCAUUGUGCUGCUGCCACACAAGGGUUUCAGCAGCUACUGUCUCAAGUUAUCAGAUAUAGAAUACAGCAGGAGCAAAUGACAUUGAACUGGACCUGGAGCUUAAAGAGCCCCUCACCAGGCCACGUAGCAAAUUUUGGUUAUACGCUGGAGGUUGUUACGUGCCCUCUAAAGAGUGUUCUACCGCAAGAAUUUUUCAAAUUAGUUCAUUAAUAGCAGAGAUGGAAAUAUUUAAAGUGCUGCAAACCCAUGAUUUCAGGAGGUUAGUGUCACCGCCAUCAUAGGCACUCUCUGCACUUGCCCCCGUCUAGCCUCCGCAAGUGAAAUUCCUUCCCUGCGUUCUCCCAUACCGGAGGUGGAGGAUUGCAUAACAGAUACAUCACUGGCCUUGCCUUCCUUUCUCUCUCUCUCUCUUGCUUUCGCUGAGUGGCGCGCAUUUAGUGAUGGUAUCGCGUGCGAGCUGUUGCAUUUGUAUCGUUUCGCACAGUACAUGAUUUUAUGCGUUGUGCUUGAGAAAAACCUGAUUAGUGGUAUAAAUUAUUGCCACAAUCACGAGCACUGAGGCAGGCACAAGCGGAUCAAAGACCAUGAUCACAAUUGGAACCCAGGAGAAAAUAGCAGAUAGUUUUGUUUUCUGCAAGUGUGACAGCACAACAGGGGAACAAACAGACCAAACCAGAAGUACGUCCCUCUUGCUAAGCACAGAAAGAUUCAGUUUGUAGGAUUUGUUUUUCUAAACCUUAGGUGGUCUAUUGAAGCAACAGAUCGAACAAAUACCUGAUGUUGCCUUGAAUAACUCUUGGAGUCGCGUGUCAUUGUGAGUGACGUCACAGCACUGCAGUUUACGUAGCCGCGCUUGUGUGAUUGACGUUGACUCUCCGGCUGGGAGCACAGCACUCUCAAAGAGAAAGGCACACAGCAUUUGUUUGAAAUUUCAGCGCUUUUUGCAGGGUGUAGCGGUGUAACACUUUGCAGACACAAUCAUUAGCAUGUAUUAUAUGCACUGCACUUGUCAGCUCUAAAUGGCCAGACCUGGUGAGAGGCCCUUGAAAUUAAAAAUAGGACUUAAGACAAAAUGUUAAUCUUUUGUUUGACAGAAUUUAUAGUAGCGACUGGUACAGGGAAAAAAUGAUAAAUUCCUAUAAGCUGUUUCAUCAUCCAGAUUCUGCCAAUGAAUUUUUUAUGCAUGCAUUUCAUGCCUCUGGAAUAGAACCCAGUCAGUGCUCAAGGUAUGUGCGCUUGCAAGAGUCUCCAAAAUAGCACCAGUUCAGAGAUACUAUUCAUCCCCAAGCUUGCGGUGAUAUGCAUUGGUGUAUGCAUUGAAUUAGUGUAUAUCGUUCUGGAUUUUAGGAACUGACAUAUCUCAAGAUUGGUGCUGGUCUCAGGAUUCCCACUAGACAGAUGUGCCUCGAGCGCUGACUGGCUUCAAUUCCAUUAUUUACUAACCAUUGUUGCAUACCCGCUAAGAUUGUUAAUUGAAAAGUUAACUAAUUGAAUUGAGUUAAUGAAGCUUUAAGUGGAAAUUAUCAACCGAUUUCUCAUUUCCUGCACUGCCAUGAAUUCUGUCCAGCAAAAAAUUGGCUUCUUUUUUUUUUCCUUGAUUUAAUAACUUGACACAGUUGUGGCUGACACACUGUGCAAGUGGCCCACAAUGUGCUGUCGCACUCAAAAUUGUAAUCCUGGUUGGAGAGCAGCAAUGGCUAUCACCAUUGCCCGCUGAAGCUGUUGGGAAUGGGGCUGUGCCAUUCUCAGUUGUCUAGGGGCUUACUGAGCAUGCUUAAUUGCACGCUUGGCUUGUCACCUACCGUAUCAAACAGCUUUGGAACUUGUGCCUGUGUACCAAUUGUACCAUACAAUUGACGUAACAGCACAUAAGUGUUGGCCUUGCAGGAUGUCCACAAAGGAUGUCAGCUAAAGCUAGUGGUGACAUUUUACGAGUGUGCAUUCAAACAAGGUCUGGUACAAACACUAUUGUGUUGAAUGACUUUUCUUAACAGAAAGCAUGCAGAAGUGGCUGCUUAUGACUGUGUCACUGCCAAUGCCAUUGUCCCAGCCGAUAAAUAGAAGGCAGCUGCACAUUAUACUGACAGCUCUGCAUAUCUUGGUUAAACCUUGUGUCCCUACUGCUACUGUGGCUCGACCUGCGUCCUGUUAAGACCGUAACAUGAUACUAUUGGCAAUACAUGUGCCAUCAGCACCCAUCGAAAUUCAAGUAGUUGGAGCAUUCAAUUUUUCGUACAGCUUAGAGACAAGCAGUUGGAAUGAGCUAUUAUGUCCAAGUCUGACGUGUCAUGAGCUACGUUUGUGAGAAGUUAGUGUUGAUCAUGAAUCUUUUCUCUGCCAGUCUGCACAGAAACUACAUGCUGUGUUAUGGUCCAUUUUGGUUGGUGCCAUUGCUGCCAUUUUUGUCGGGUCGCAGGCAAGCACAUGGGAUAUCUAGGUUGUGAUCAGCAAUUCGUGCUGCACUGGAGAAAUGUGGAAUAGCAGAAGCUUUGUCCUUUUACUUAGAAAUAAAGCAUCAGUUAGGGACGUGGAACACGACAGCAUUAUAGCAGCUUGAUGGCCUUCACUUUGACGGAGUAAUAUGAUUUUGAAGUCUACUUCAUUCAUUUAUGCACAGAGCUUGCCCACACAGAGUUGCCUGCAUGCACAGAGUUUGCCAGCAUGUUGCAAGCACAGGUCUUGUCGUGUCCGUACGUUCCUACUAUGCCAUUCCAGCAGGAAGAAAUUACCUCUGGGAAAUACCUCUACUCAUGACCUGCAAGUCUUUCCCUUUGCCUCACAUGCAACAAUCCUGAAGUGCUUUGCAAAGGUGCCUGUAGAAAGCAUGGCACUACAAUGAUUUAGAGCAACUUCAGAAUCCAUGGCAAAGAGUCUUCAGAUACGUACUGACCUUCUUGUGGAAAACACUUUGAAAUGUUUGCUCUAGGCUGCUGCCUUGCCAGUUUUACAGUGAUGCAACAACGUUGUGACUUGGUUUAUUUGGUUGAAGUGCCUUUUGAACUGCAGUGUAAAAGAAAGCGGAGGAUGGGUGACAUGAAGUGUCGUGCUGUUGCAGUGUUUUUUGUUAAUCACUGUAUAGUAUUCGUUUUUUGCCCUGCAGUUCAAAAUGCACUGAUGUCCAUUUUGCAGCAUUUCGGUGCAUUGACCAUCUCUGAGUACACACUGUAUCAAAUUUCGCAUAAUGGCUGCAAGGUUACUGCAUUAUCAUUCAUCAUCCCUACGAUUAGUUAUGCACUCUGGCUUGCUCAAGACACUUUUCUCGUUUGAAUAGUUCCUGGCCAUUUUCAAAGAAACAUCUCACAAAAAACCACAAUAUAUUUGUGUCAAGAAUGUGAGGGAGCGCAAUUUCCUUAGUGUGCAGAGAGUCCUUGUAGAUAGAUGCCCAUCCUGGGCAGUGCGGACAGCCUUUUGGCCUUAAACAUUGCCAGACCUCUUCCACACAAGAAAAGGCAGACUGUGUGCAACACAGUGAAUAUGUAGUUACAUGCCAAGUUGUGUGCAGUCUCACUAUGUACCUAAGGCCACCCACUGUUAUCGCAUAUCUUGUACCAUUAAGACGAAGAAUUCACGAUGAAAGCCUAUUCAAGACUUCGAUACCGUGCCAAUAAGACGGGAUCAACGAUUGCAGUAUUGUUUGACAAUCUAGAAGAAAGAAUUAGCCAUGCACAGAAUUUAACCACUUUUAAUUUAAACAGAACUUACUAUGCAGUCAAGCCUCGUCAUAAUUGAAGCUGCAUUCAUUACGAAAAAACCUGUGUUAUAUUCAACAUUCGUUAUGAGCCUGUAUCGUUACAUUCUGACAUUCGCAAAAAGCAUUUUAGGUUUACUUUGUUGUAUCCGAUAAUUUAUUACAUCCAUGUUCGUUAUAUCGAGGUACGACUUUUUUUACACUCUUGAAAUUGGAAUAAACUGCAGAUGUUGUUAGCACAAUCAGGGUUUAUUUUUAAAUUUUUUUUCACAUUAUUAACAAUUUAUUAGACUUCCUUUUGCAGCUUUUGCAUUUGUAUGUCAGGCAAUAGGGCUAAGUAUUUUUGCCAUCUCUUAUGAUGUCCUUAAUAUAUGUUUGCACUUGUUCAGGGUGAUGGAGCUUUGGAGAAAGUUAUCUGGGUGUGGUAAAGAUAUUUCGGUCUGGUGUCGUAAUUUUUAUUAACAAAUUCAGCCUUCUGAAGCUGCCAUGUUCCAAAUCCUUUCAAAAGUUCUCCGAAUGUAUAUAUAUUGUAUUUUGUACUGCAGCAAAGACACUCAGUCAUUUAAUGCAUGAAUCAUGUACAUCCUCUGAAAAACAAGAUUGUGUACGUUUUGGUGGCUUCUCCCCAUGUACUGUUUAUUCUUGCUUUGAAGUAGGCAUAAAUGCUUGACUGGGAGACUUGACGUUUUAAAAAAAGGUCUUUUUUCACAAUACAUUGUGAAAUAUAAAGUAAGGUUGAUUAGCCUCAGGGCCUUGCUGAAUGAAUCAAUUUAGCAAGUAUCUGUGUUCUACCAUGUAGACUCGUGUAAGGGACACACUUUCCUUUUCACAAUUUUGACGAGCUGUGGCCAUUACACGGGACAAUCUUUUGGUCCAAAUAGUGCCGGUGCAGCCGAUGACUAUUGCGCACCCCAGAUCCCCAAAUGUACCACUACAACAGAGGUCAACGCACAACUCUCACCAUCUAGUAGCAGCAUGCGGAAGUGCGCAGCGUGCGAGAAGUCGCCGAUACAUGCGCACGCCAUCAGGGCGCCAAACGUGAUUGCUUCUCCGAUGAAAACCUUUUGUUUUUGAUUUUGGGUUGCGAAGUUGUGGGUGCGACCCUUGCACGUGUGCUGCCCUUACAUGAGUCUAUACGGUAUACAGAAGUAUUUUUCAUAGUGAACUGCCCUGCAAUGUUCACAUUCAAAUGGAAACAAACCAAAUGAAACUAUUAAAUAGGCAUAGCUACCUGGGCUGGAAUGACUGGCCGAGAAAUCGAAAUUGACUGAGAAACGCACAUUUCACACGUCUAGCACCAACCAUUGUCAUAUUUUGCAUGGGUAAAUACUCUAUUUGCUCAAUUGUGACAUGCACUCAAUCAUCACUCCCAGAAAUGAAAAAUGUAAUGCCCUUGUUUGUUCACUUACCGGUUUCUCAUGGUAAGCAACGGAAUACAGUAAUGAUGAUUUGCUCUCUUGUAAAAAGAAAAUUUAUUGUAUCUGAGACACAGUAGGUCAGGCACCACUCAUAAUCACUGUCAGAGUCUUAUCACUAUAAACUGCCCAGAGCAUCAAAUCUUCCCUUUGCAGACCAUUGCAGCCUAACCAUAGCAUCUAGAAUAGCCUAAUGAACUUGCAAAGUGGGCACGAAUCUACCGCAGCUAAUACAGCUGCAGUGACAUGUGAAUUGGAGUAAAAAAAAUAUUAUGUCAAUGAUAAUAAAUUGUCACUGUAACACAUUUAGUUUCAUGCUCAGACCUAACAUGCAUAUAAUUUGGUAAAAAAAUUUUCUGGAAAAAUGUGUGCGUUAGAAUUGAGUAAAUAUGGUAGUGUUCUGAAAUUUUUCUAAAGCUUUACUGAAGCUGCUGGGUUCCUUUACUUUAUUAUUCUUUUUUGUGGAUAUACUCAGGUAAAUGGUACAUCAUUUUGUCUUGCUUUACUCGUAUAGUUUUGGAAGUUUUUUACAACUCUUCAAUAUUUGUUUGUAAUUGUUUCAGGACUCGUUAAUUGUUACUGUGUUCAAUUACUGAUCUCAGUGAGCACGUGUUUACACAACUGUGAUGUUGCAUCAAUUGUUCACCAAAAUUGUGUACAUUAUCUGUAAUUUUCAUAAUCAUAAUAAAGACGUUCAUUAUUUUUUA